GUAAAGUUCGUAGUGGUUCCGGCCGAAGAGCGAAAGGAUAUUUAAGCCAUGUUUCCACAAGCGGAGCUCGAGAAUUACAAGCUGCAGGUGGAGUUGCUGCAGGAAAAGCUUCAGCGCAGCGAGGAUAAUCGCCAGCAGCUGGAGCACAAGUUGGAUAAAGUCCUGCAGAAACGCAGCGAGCUCGACAAGUCGGUGCGCCACAAGAGCCGCCAAAAGUACCAGGAGUUCCUCGAGGAGCAGACCAAACGCAACGAGCGCAACAAGAAGCUGGUCCACAUGCUGGAGCGCAUCGACGAGCAAACGGCUGCCAUGUCGCAGCGGAGCGAGCGGCUUAAAAUGAUGAAGCUGCAAUACCAAAUGUACUUUGCGAAAUUGGUGCAGAAUCAAACAUUGCGAUGCAUCCAGCAGACGACGACUCCGACCGCCGGCGGAGUGAUGCCGGUGCCUGUCCUGAUGCAACCGCAGCCGCAGGUGGCGACCAAUCCGCAGUCGACGCCGCAGCCGCAGCCCUGGACCUUUGCCAUGGCCACGCCCACGCAGGCGGGCAUGCUGUUGACGCCCCAGUUUGCAGCAGGUCCUCCUGUGAGUCCCAUUCCCCAACCCGUUCCCAUUCCCACGGCUGCCCAUCCUGUUUACUAUCCGGAACUCUUUGGCCCGGCAACUUCAACUGGGGCAGCUCCCCUUGGCACCUCGAACCUGUUCGAUUUGCGCGCCACCCUGCGCGCCUUUGAUAAUGAGAAUGCCGAUUUACCGGAGCGCAUGCAGCCCCACUUGACAGGUGAUUAUCAGGCGGAGAGAGUUGCUCCUCCACCAGCAGCAGCAGCAACACCCACAUCGACUUUAUCCAGCCAGGAGAACCAGGUGGCGCGGCAGCUGAGCAGCACUUCCUCGACAAUGGCCACAUCCUCGUUGACAUUUGAUAAAUUGCCAAAGACAUCGUCGCCUUCGCUGACGUUAACUGAGCUGCCGACUGCAGGAGCAGGAGCAACUUCUGGACAGGAUGGGCAACCGCAAGGGGAAGUCGGGAAGGGCCAACUGGAUGCCUGGACAAAUUCACGCGUGACUAAAGUCGAGUAUGAAAAAUCACCAACUGUCGUUAAGCAUAAUGAGACGGGCCAGCGACAUCAGCAGCAGCAACAUCAAGAGCUACAUCAGCAACAUCAGGAGUUGCAGCAGCAACAUCCUCCCCCACGCGACUUUGAAGCAUACUUUGGUGAGCUGAAAAUCGAUGAGUCGAAGCCCAAACCCCCACUGAACCUAAACCCAAGCCCAAACCACGAAGACAAACGCCCCUUAAACGUGCGUUUCAGCGAGGCAGUUGGAGGAGCAGGAGGUAACCAAGUUGGCAUCAGCAACGAUUUGCUGGACGAAGUCAAAGCCAGUCGGUUGGCACUGGAAAGAGCAGCGGCUGCGGUUGAUGAGCAGCUGGCAAGGGGUAAUCAAUUGUCGCCGCCAAGCAGCCAAAGUCAGGAGCAACCCGAAACCGGUGUGUCGAUUGAGAAUAUUGAAAAUGCCAUUUACGGCGAACGUUUGACAGGGGGAGGAGUAUCAGCAGGAGCAGCAGGAGGAGGAGCAGUAACUGAACAGGGAUUUUUUGAAAAUUUGGUUACCAACACAUCGCCAGAGGUGGAACUUCAGGAGGUGGAACAACAGCAGCAGCCAGAGGUCUCCGGUUACGGGCAAUACGAGGCCAGCAGUGAGCCCAUCUAUGCCAGCAUCGAUUCACCAAAAGUGGAGCCGCUUUACAGCGAAAUCGGAAAUCCCACAGACUAUCAGGGAUAUGGCGAAACAAGCGAUGUAACUGCUGCUGCUACUCCUGCUGCUUCUGCCGAAACUACGCUGGAUCCCAAUGGCGAGGUCCUGCCGCAGGAAUACUCCAAUAUUGAUUACGGCAACUACGCCGGCUAUGAUCCCAAUGCCUAUCCCGGGUAUAUAUACGAUGAGGCCACGGGCCAGUAUAUAGCCGAUCCGAACGCCGCUCAAUAUGCGCCAGAUGGUGGCUAUGGUGGUCAGGAGUAUGAUGCGGGUGCAGUGGGCAACUACGACUACAGUGGCUAUGAACAGUCAGCGGAUCAGCAGAUGCAGCAGCAGCAGGAAGAGCAACUUCAGGAGCAACAGCAGCAGCAGCAGCAGCAGGAGGGUUAUACCAACGAAGGGGUGGUAGAAACCCCCUUAGAAGCCCCACCGGAAGUGGCCAUCGAAAGUCCUGCUGCUGCUCCUGCUCCUGCUCCUGCUCCUGCGGAACCCCAGAAACCCUCGAAACCCACAUCGAUACUCUCCUCGACGACAGACAAACAAGCGGCGCUUAAUGAUGCGCAGCAGCAGCAGCUAAAGAAGAAGAAGCGCGUUAAUUUCGUUGACAGCAGCGAAACGGAUGAUAGCUCAAGCGCGAAACCGACCCAGGCCGCAAAUCCAGGACCUCCUCCUGCUCCUGCCGCCGCCUCCUCCCCUGCCACGCCCCCAACGACGGGCGGAGGCGGCAGCGAGAGUGAUUUCGAUUUUUCAACCGGCAGCGAGGCGAAGAAUUAGAACAAACCGUUGAAAAAAAAAACAUUUCGAGCUCUAAUUUGUUGCCAUUUGGGUUAACCACCCAGUGCCCCUCCCCCAAUUCAAAGUGAGCCACCGCUUCGAUUUAUUGCCAAUGCA